CUUUCCAAGGCGGCAUAGUAUCGAUCCUUCUAUUCAUGUUCUCUAUCCGAAUAUCCUCAGCAUAUUAUCUUGGUGUUAAGGUUGUCUCAACCCUCACAUUGAGAGAAAGAAGACCAAUGUUGCUGUUUUUGGACUAGACAAGGGGAAGUGCAUGCUUCUGUCCUUGAUUCAUUGGACGAUCGUUUCUCACUCUCCAUUGCAACUUUUCACGUUAUUAUGUAUAACCCCAUUUCAUGUCAACGUUCAAGGUUUAACAUUGGAUCGAGCAUAGAAUAAUUGAUAUUUGAGUAUGAGUAUGGAUCAUAGCCCUCCAGCUUCUGCAUCUUACGUGGUGGUUGCAUGUGAUGCCACUAGGGACCGCACUGAACACGAGAUCAAACUCGUUGUUGAUCAUGUUCGGGCCAGGCGUGUCUUUCUCUCUUCUGGUGACAAGUUGCUUGUGCUAUGUGUCUUGCAUAAGGUGUCUCACCCUAUGGGGUACCAGACAUUAGCAUGUCCCGAGUCUUUUGCUGGAACCAACUUUCGUGCAAUGGAGGAUGAAGUCAAGAAGAAAGUUGAUGCAUAUGCAACUGAGCUUUUGUCAAGUUAUGAAGAUUUUGAAAGUGAAGGGGUCAGUAUCGAAGUUAAAGUCACCGCGGGAUUUCCAAUUAAACAUGUUGUUUUACAAGAGGUUACAAACUAUAAUGCAUCUUGGGUAAUACUUGACAGACAUCUUCGGCGCGACCUGAGGUACCACCUUAACAAGAUGCCAUGCAAGGUUGCAUUGGUUAAAGAUGACUUGUCUCUGGAUAUCUGGAGAUCUCAUUAUGUACAUGAGACAAAGAUCACUGAAACAAAAUGUGUAUAUUCUUUGUCAAAGUUUGUGUCGCUAGCAGAUUGUCAUAGUGUUGAAGACAUUGAGCAUUCUAUUAUCUCUUGCAAAAGCUAUCCCCAUUCUAUAUUUUCUUCUGAUGGCUCUAGUACCAUUAGGAGCUAUACAAAGCAGUCAUCAUAUGGUAACAGGUCACGGGAGAACAGUUCCUUAUCAGAUUUUGGAUCUUCUUCUAAGCAAGAAAGAACAGGACUAAACAUCAAAGGAGAAUGUAGGCUCAUUACUUCUCAGAUUGACCAAAAGCAAAACCAAAGUGGCUUUCUGCCAAAACAUUCAGAUGCACCGCUUCUUUGUACUGGCUGUGGGACAAGAACUGAGUUGUCUAUCAAGGAGUCAAUGAAGUUCAGCUACUCUGACAUACAAAAUGCAACAAAUGAUUUUUCAAAGGAUAACUUAUUAGGUGAAGGUGGAUAUGGUCACGUAUAUAAGGGUGUGCUUAAAGAUGGACAACAAAUUGCAGCAAAGGUAAGGAAACAAGAAAGUUCACAAGGAUUUUCAGAAUUUCAUUCUGAGGUGUACGUCUUAAGUUUUGCUCGACACAAGAACAUAGUGAUGCUGUUGGGCUAUUGUUGCAAAGAAAAUAAAAACAUCCUGAUUUAUGAAUUUAUUUGCAACAAGUCUCUCCAUUGGCAUUUAUUUGAAAAUAAUGAAGCUGUUCUUGAGUGGCACCAAAGGUAUGCCAUUGCCGUUGGGACUGCAAAGGGAUUGCGUUUUCUACAUGAGGAAUGCCGUGGUGGUCCUAUUAUUCAUCGGGACAUGCGACCAAGCAAUAUCCUUCUCACCCAUGAUUUUGUUCCCAUGCUAGGUGACUUUGGUCUUGCCAAAUGGAAGACUGGUGAUGAUACUCUACAAACAAGGAUAAUGGGAACAUUAGGAUACCUUGCUCCUGAGUAUGCUGAAGACGGAAUUGUUUCUGUGGGAACAGAUGUGUAUUCUUAUGGCAUUAUUCUGCUACAAUUGAUAUCAGGGCGCCAGGUUGGCAAUUCCAACAAUCCAGAACAACAACAACAACAAUCUCUCCGACAAUGGGCUGAGCCAAUGAUAAAGAAUUUGGCUUUACAUGAACUGAUUGAUACUCAUCUAGGGGAAUCAUAUGACACGUAUGAACUCUACCUCAUGGCUAAAGCAGCAUACUUCUGUGUACAAAGGAAACCUGAGAUGCGUCCAUCAAUGGGAGAGGUUGUGCGACUUCUUGAGGGAGAAAGUAGCCAUUUCCACUCCUUGGAAGAUCAAUUUGCAACUAAUUAUAAUUUAUAACGGUUAAGGUUUCAUUGGCUCAGUAUGUGUGUUGUAGUCAUUUUCUUCUUUGUGUGUGUGUCCUUUCUGCUUUGGUUUCUCCCUUUUUUUUUUUUCGUGCUUGGGAGAUUAUUUAGUUUGUAUAAAUGGAUGGCUUACAUAUGCACGUCGGUUUGCUCUUAUAAAUGCCUUUUAUGUUAUCCUGAUGGAAUGGAUGCGAAUUGCGUA